UUCAGUAUUGUUCUGGGUGUACGAUAUGAAAAUGAUGCAUUGGAAGAUAGAAAAGAUGGAGCGGAUUCAACUGAGUACAAUUCAUCAGAGGAACUAGCAACUAUUUUCAAAUUAGAUAAUAAAAAGGAACCUAAAACUGCGCCUGAAAAUACUACUAACUGUAAGAAAGAUAAUCGUACCGACCUUAAUUCCCCAAAGCUUGUUCGCACAAUGAAUCAACAUCUACGAAAAUUGUCGGUAGAUGAGAAUAUUGCUAGUCAAAGUAAUCCACUGCCAAAAAACGUAGUACCAUGGAGAGCCAAAAGGCAAAAUUCGCAAAGCGAUGACAAAGGCGGUAACACGAAGUCAAAGCACGAUUGGCACAACUCUGGCACGUUGAUGUUAGCUUGUUCCUACACCUUGAUGCUCUCCCAACAACUGGCAGACUUCGAUUGGCUGACGCUCCUCGGCUUGCUGUUGGCAAUUGUUACUAUUAUAGCUAUGCUAUUAAUUUAAUUUUGGGAUGAUCACUAAACAAAUGCUUAUAUAAGAAUGCUGUCAUAUGAUAAUUUAAGUUCUCUACUAGUUUUCAAUAAGAUUGUAAUCCACUUUUAAAACUAAACAUCAUACAUUUUGGUUAUUUAAAUGUUAUUGUACUAAUUUGAACAAAUAUUCAUCAAUAGUUUGUUUUGUGAUUAUUGUUAUGUUACCUUUAAUACAGUUUAUUUAACCUUAUUUUAACAAUAGUUUAAGUUGUUACUAAUUAAGUAUAGAUCCAGAAGCAGAUCCGCUUUGAUUUUUGAAUAAUCUGGCAUUUUAUAGUUGAAAAAACUUAUCAUCACAUUGUUAAUAUUGCACUACAAUAAAGAUUAAUAUAUUUGCAUAUACAUCACUAAUUAAAUACUAGCUCUUAUUCAUAAAAAAAUUAGUUUAAUUUCCGUUGUUAAAAUUCCUCGUCUCUUUUGGUCAAAUUUUUUAUACACUGUGAUGAGGCAAUCAAAUGCUUAUUAGAGCGCCAUUAUACUGAUUAUUUUUUUAUGAAUUAUGGGAUAGCACCCUGCCUAUAAAAGUAAUAUAAAUUGAUAUUUUUGUAUAUUUAGUAGACCCAAUUAACCAACUAUAACAUAUAAUAAUAUUUUUAUUUUCUGCAUCAAUUGAAUGUAAUAAUUAAAUUAGAAAUAAAUUAAUGUGCCUUAGAUAAUAAAUUGGACGACAUAAAUCUACAUGAUAUAAUUUUACAUUAUUUUAUUGACUUUAUUUGAUUUCUAACACUUGUAUUUGCUCAACAUAAGUGACAUAAAAUAAUGUUAACUGUGAUUUUAAUGUUAGAUAAAUUCUAAAAAAUUAUACAUAUAACAUUAAAAUUAAAUUAUAUUGAAAAUGAGACUGCCAAAUUGAUCAGAAAUUAUUUUAUUUUAAAAUGUAUUAUGAAUUGUUGCAUGAAACUUUUGCAUGUUUUUAUUAAAAUUUUGGUAAUGAUAUUUUGGACAUUUGAUUAAUAUACUUUACAUAAUCAAAUUUUAUUGACGUGAGGUAAAUAUAACGCCUUACAAUAAAAAAAAACAGAUUUUGAUUAAAAGGUGUUUCAUGUCAAUACAAAUAUUAUAAAACUUUGU